AUGCUUCAGCUCUGGAGGCAGUUGGAAAUAAAUGAACGUAAGGCGGUGAUGUCGCUGGACAGCACGAGGCGGAUGCUGGCGAUGUGCGAUGAGGGUAAGGAUGCCGGAAUCAGGACCUUAGUUAUGCUGGACGAGCAGGGAGAGCAAUUGGAUCGCGUGGAGGAGGGCAUGGACCAGAUCAACCAGGAUAUGCGGGAGGCUGAGAAGAACCUGACGGGCAUGGAGAAAUGCUGCGGCAUCUUCGUGUGUCCGUGCAACAAGGCGAAGGACAUCGAGAAGAGUAAGGAGUACGCCGACACGUGGAAGAAGGAUGACGACGGCAAGGUGAGCGGCGGACAGCCCGGAGCACGCGUUAUCGAUGAACGCAGCGGCGUCGGUCCGAUGGGAGGUUACAUCACCAGGGUGACGAACGACGCGCGGGAGGAUGAGAUGGAGGAGAACAUCGGACAGGUAGCGGACAUGCUGGGCAACCUCCGCAACAUGGCCAUCGACAUGGGCAGCGAGGUCUCCUCACAGAACCAGCAGCUGGACAGAAUAAACCAGAAGGGGAAGCUAGUUGACACGAGGAUCUCGAUGGCCAACCAGCGUGCAAAUCAGCUGCUAAAGGAGGAUCCUUAAAGCUGCUAAGUAAGGAAUAGGACGUGCGACGAACGCAGAGGGCGAGCGAGAGCGAGUUCGUAGCAAAUGCUAGGCGUCGGACGAAAUUUAGAUAAUCUUCAUCUCCACCAGGAUAUAUUAUACGCCGUCGGAGUUUUCGCGCGCAAAAACAAGAGAGCAGCGAUGCGACCGCGCGGCCAUGAUGCCGGCGGCGCUCCUAGUGCUUCUGAUUCGCUGUGUGCAAUGUUCUGACAGCUGAACGAGCUGCUAGUUUAGCGAUCGCACGCGCGGCAGUAGGAAAAUAUCGUAUACACUACAACACCCGCAGUCGUAACAGCAUACAGACACCAUGGUACAACAGAAGAUGGGUGUCGUAGGGUAUAGUCUACCCGUGUUGCAUACUCAAUAAUACGAGGGGAAAUUCGUCGGCGGUUGGUUUUUCCGACAUGCUUACGUCGUCCUCAGGUCGCCGUCCGUGUACCGUUCUCUUUCGAUUACCAGCAAGCUAUACUUUCUAACGACACUGGUGUAUUUCGGUGUUAUGGCUAAGGAGCGUUAAUGUGCCCGCUAUAGUGCAACGCCUCCCUGUGCGAGCAUGCUGUUAUACGUUGUCAGCCAGUGGCAAUUCUUUCCACACCUAUCCAUGUAGUGACAACACUGCUCACUGUUAAUAUAAGAUUGUAUGGUAUGGUAAUUGUGCUGACAUUGGGCCGCGAACAUGUUUGCGGUUGCAUGCAAUGAUGUGUUAAAAUUCGCCUGCAGCUUCCGCGAUGUUUGGUACGGAAAAUACGCAUGUAAUAGCACAGAUGCGUUUAUCUUCCGUUAAUCCGACGGCCUAAAACAUCAGUGUACCCGGCUGAUCAGUCCGUUUUCUUUGUCGUAGCAGUAGACAGUCCUCUGUACUUCGCUGUCUACUCUCGUUAUGAACAGCUGACGUUGAUCACGGUAGAGGGGUGCGCGCGGAAACAGCGAGGCGCGGGCCGCCGCCCUGAUACAAUACUGGUAGUGUCGUGACGUCAUCAUCGUGUCGCUUCUCCGGUCCGUGUUCGUAGGCCGACUUUUAGCCAGUGCGAAGAGCGAAUACUAGAUGUGAGACGAAGUAACGAGAAAGUGUGCAUCCCCGGUCAAGGUACGCAGUAUUAACGGCACCGUGUGUCGAUGCUGUUUUCUUUAUAUUAACAACUACAGAGGAAAGUGACGUCUCAAUCUCAUGAGCCGAUAGAAAUUCCAGUAUUCUUUAUAGAUAUUGUAUUAUAUUAUGUUUUGUAUAUGGGCAAUAAUUUCAUCACGGUAAGCUCGUAAUAAUGGCUGUGAGCAAUGUUUCAUGGACAUUGCUUUCGGCGGGGCACAUUCUGCGGCCAGUGUAGUUGUUGCCUUCACAAUAUCCGGUCAAAAAUCGUCUGGUUGCAAUAGGUAAUCAAUAGUGCCAAUCGGCAAUAUGGGCAGACACAUCUAGCCACAGUAACUCAGUUUACCGGUGCAUUCCUGUCGUUGAGGAUUUCAGCUUUGUAGUUUCACUAAAUCACAUCUUAGACAGAUGUAUCGGGUGUUGUUCAUCACCGAUUCGAUCGGAGAGCAAAAUUACUUGAACUGACAUACGUAUAUAUCUUAAUUUGUCUUACGGGCGUUGCAUCUUAUCGCUGACGUCUGAUAUUAUUCGCAGUGGCUAUAACUACCUUUUAUCUGCCUAAACUCUCACAGACAUCGCAGAUACUAGUGGUAAGCGGAACAGUACAUUGUCAUUGUCCAAUACACUGAACUAGGUGGCUCUUAUAGAGAUUACCAUGUAUAAGCUUCCUAUUGUCUCUCAUCACAAGAGCAUGGAUUAUCGUAUGUUAGACACUGUCCAAUUCUAUCUUCGUCGUCUAGUGAACGGAAUGUAACGGUAUGCAAAGUUAUGGUAACAUUAGACGAAUUUUGCCGUGGUUCUACAACUUCAAGCAACCUCUGCCCUAGCGCUGGCGGUGAUGGUUUUGGUUCUAUCGGAUUCCCUAAUUAUGAUAUAAUAUAAUAUAAUAUAACAUAACGUACCAAAUGUACACCUUUCUAACUUUCCUCGAAAGUAAUAUCUGGAUGCGUAUUGCCAACUCGCAUCCUUUUUUACGAAAGUCUUUGCCACUGCUCUGUCGUUGCGAGAGACAGAUGGUGUGAUACCGGCCAAAGUAAUACGGCGUCUUGAAACACGUUUAUGUUUACAGCGCGAGAAGAAUGUUCUUUACUAUUUGAUGAUUAGAGAAUUUAACAGCACCGAAACGAUUGUCUCAGAACUUAGCCGACGCGCUUAAUGCGGUGAUAAACAAAUUCAGCGCGCAAGUACAUCAAAACCUUCACGUAAAUGUUCCUCUGAAUGUUUCUAUAAAUGCUACCGAGAUCUGGCUCUACGAGACUUUCAUUCCGAUGCUCCCAUUUAUGUGGCUCGUCGCUCGCACGUGUAAAUAGAGCGUAGCCGAGUGAACGUGUAAAUAACCGCGUCCGCGUCACGUAAACUAUGAUUAUACAUUUUACGUUUUAUGUAAACAAAAUUCGUUUUAAAAGCAUAUAUAUAUAUAUACAUAUGUAUAUAUACA